AUGCCAAAUUUCAUGAAGAUAGUUUGUCAAAUAAAAAAGCUUUCCAUACAAGAACUUUUGACCGAUCUGUUUGUAUGACAGCUAUAUGUAUAGUGGUCUUAUAUCGGCGAUUCCAACAAAUGACCAGCUUCUUGGAGAGAAAAGGACGUGUGAUCAAAUCAAUAUCUCAAAAACUUAAAAACUAGUUUACGUAUAUACAGACAGACAGAUGGACAUGGCUAAAUCGUAUCAGCUCGCCACGUUGAUCAUAAUAAGUUGUUAUAGUAACAUAUAUGUAUAUGUAUAUAUAUAUAUUAUAUGUAUGUAUAUACAUAUGUAUAUUCCAUAUUAUAGAGUCUUAGACGUUUCCUUCUGGGUGUUAGAAACUUCAUGACAAACUUAAUACUCGUACAUGGUAUAAAAAGUGUUUUUGAGAAAACUUACAUAAUGUCAGAACUUUUGAAAUAUGAAAUAUGAAAAAAAACAUCAAAAUUUUGUUCACACAAAAUUCUCUUCUUCAAAAGGCAAGGCAAGCAGAUAAACUAGCGCUUUACGGCAUCUGAAUUGGGCAUCAAUAUCUCCACGCAGUCACAGUUCUCUCAGAACUCUACUACUAGGUUCCAGGUGAAAUGUAUGCUCCCUGUGCAAAAGCGUGUCUGCUGGAUGAUCGCGAUGUUAAAACAAAGCUUGCCCGUACGGUGAAAUUCUACAAUGGUGUUAAAGUACCCAUCGUAGGACUAGGCACUGCAAAUUUAGAAGCGCACAUUACAACGCGUUGUAUAAAGGACGCUAUCGAUGCUGGCAUACGGCAUAUAGACUGUGCGCCAAUCUUUUGCAAUCAAGAAGAGGUUGGACAAGCAAUAAAGGAGAAAAUCGCUGAGGGUCUCAUAAAAAGAGAACAGCUUUACAUAUCCAGCAAGCUUUGGGAUUCACGGCACGGUCCAAAAUGGGUGCGCCGCUCAUUAGAGGAAACCCUAAAGCAAUUGCAAGUAGAUUAUCUCGAUAAUUAUGUCAUGCACACACCCAUGGGUUUCAAAGAUGGUUUUGAAAAUUACCCACGCAAUAAUAGAGGUGAAAUCUUGUUCUCGGAUGUCGAUUAUGUAGACACAUGGCGUGUAAUGGAGACUUUGGUGGACGAUGGGCUUGUACGUUCAAUUGGUCUGGCCAAUUUUAAUGAAGAGCAAAUCGUACGCCUACUGGGAGUGGCACGUAUACCGCCGGCAAACCUACAGGUGGAAUGUCAUCCGUAUUUGACACAAACGAAAUUAAUGGAUUUAUGCUGUAACCAUAAUAUCAUUUUUAUGGCUUGCAAUCCAACCGGACCGAGUAAGAGGCAUAGCAAUAUCGUACCACUUAAGAGUAAUCCGAAAAUCUUAUGUUUGGUAAAGAAAUACGGUAAAAACACUGCUGAGAUAUUAAUCCGGUACCAAGUGCAACGCGGCAACGUUGUAUUGCCGCGAACAACUCAAAAAGACCAUAUGAUACAAAAUGUAAUGAUUGAAAGUUUUAAACUAUGCCCGAAGGAUUUUGAAAUGCUUGAAUUGAUGAAUUGCAACUUCCGAAAUAAUACGCUUGCUUACGCCUCUGGACAUACACAUCAUCCUUUCGAAAAUGAUUGCCUUUGAACUUUCACUUUGACUACGAAAAUAUUUGGAGAAUUCCAACCUUCGUUUAUACAUUGAACUAUUUUCAAAAACUGAAUAGUAUACAAAUUUAAGAAAAAGAAGACAAAGAACUCAAAAGUCAAUCAAAAACUUAAAAAUUUUUAGUUUUUCAAAAUUUAAUUUUUCGUAUUUACCAAAAUUGAAACUAUACCAACUUAAAAAAUAAAAUGUUAAUAUUUAUAAUAAAUUGACUAACAAAUAAUUUGUGGCAUAUUUUCUAAAUUAAGAAUGAAAAAAAUUAACAAUAAUUCAUUAAAAAUAAUAAGUAAAAUUCCUUUUCGGCAAUAUUCUGGUGAAUACCGCAUAUUUCAUUUUACAGGAUUUGGAAACACACCAAAGAAUGAUAGAUGCGGGGAAAUUAGGAAAUUACUAAUUCCUAAAACACUUGGAGAAGCAAGUAAAAUAAGAGAUACGCUAACAUCUAAGGACAAUGUGCCAAAAAAUGCAAUAAAAUCUGCGACAUCUUUGAAAAAUUUAACAAACACCGCUUUGCUGAAAAGCUCUUCCAUUACAACAAUAACUUCGAAAACACCAAAUGAAUGUGCUGAAAAAAAACUUGAGAAGAAAUCUGACAAACUCAAAUGUUUAAGGCCAGUUCCACGUAUAAAGUUGGUUGACGAACCACCAGACGACUGCAAUGUUAGAAAGGCCGAAAUGCCAACCGUUAAAUUGCGUGAUGGUUAUGUAAUGCCCAUGUUUGGACUUGGUACUUGGGGUGCACCAAUUAUUAAAGCUGAAAAAGCAGUUAAGCAUGCUUUGAAAGUGGGUUACCGCAUGAUUGACUGUGCGCAUGUUUACGAAAAUGAAGAGGCUGUUGGUAAGGCAAUAAAUAAAUCGAUUGAAAAGUGCAUUGUUAAACGCGAGGAGCUAUUUAUAAUAAGUAAAUUGUGGAAUACCUUUCAUGAGCCCCAUUUAGUGUUGAGUGGCUGCCAGCAAUCUUUGUGUGAUUUAAAAUUAUCGUAUCUUAACCUAUACAUCAUACACUGGCCUAUGGGUUAUAGAGCUGGAGAUGAUCUGAUACCCUAUGAUGCAUGUGGUCGCGUGAUUGGCUCCCGUGUAGAUUAUACUGAGACAUGGAAAGCAAUGGAGGAGUUAGUUGAACGGCGCUUAACACGGUCCAUAGGCCUUUCUAAUUUCAAUAAGAAUCAAAUUGAGCGUAUUUGGAAAAUUGCUAAAAUAAAACCAGUUGUCAAUCAGGUUGAAUGUCAUCCAUAUUUAAACCAAAAACGUCUGAAAGCUUAUUUAAAGAAAAAGGGAAUUGUACUUGUUGCGUACAGUCCAUUGGGAGCGCCAGCUAGACCCUGGGUGAGGAAGGAUGAGCCAAAGGUGUUGGAUGAUAAUCUGAUUAAGACAAUAGCUUUUAAUACUGGACGCACACCGGCGCAAGUUUGCAUUCGUUAUCAAAUACAGCGCGGUAAUCCGGUCAUACCGAAAUCAGUGACACCAAGUCGUAUAGAGAGCAAUUUUGAUGUGGCAAGUUUUGAAUUGUCUGAUCAAGAGAUGAAAAUAUUAGAUAAGUUAGAUAGAAAACUGCGUUUCGUGCCUUUAUCACAAUUAUCAAAUCAUCCACACUAUCCAUUUCAUGACGCCUUUUAAUAUACCUUUCACUAACAAAUACUUAUUUCAAAAUUACUAAAUAUUACAAGGAAUAUUUAUGAAAUUCUUACUUCAAUAGGUACAACAUUUUAUUUCAAUCGCAUAAAGUACUCUUCGGGGUGAAAAAAAUUUAUUAAGUAGUAUGAAGCAAUAAUAAAGGUACAAUUUCGAAAAAAUAA